ACAUGGCGAGGCUCACCAUGUUGGGAUCAAGCCUUGUGCAGUAUAAAGGGAGCAGCAGAUACUGCGCUCGUCCUGGCUCACCGUUAGAGCGGUAGGUGUCAGGGUCACAGCCGAAGGGGACGAGCCGAAUCAGGACUUGGUCAAUUUGCAAUCAUGCCUUUCGGUAACACCCACAACAAAUGGAAGCUGAACUACUCAGCAGAGGAAGAGUUUCCUGACCUCAGCAAACACAACAAUCACAUGGCCAAAGCCCUGACCCUGGACAUCUACAAACGUCUUCGGGACAAGGAAACACCUAGUGGCUUCACCCUUGACGAUGUGAUCCAGACUGGUGUGGACAACCCAGGUCAUCCUUUCAUCAUGACCGUGGGCUGCGUUGCUGGUGACGAGGAAUCUUACGAAGUCUUCAGGGAUCUCUUCGAUCCUGUCAUUGAGGAUCGUCACGGCGGCUACAAACCUACAGAUAAACACAAGACUGACCUGAACCAUGAGAAUCUGAAGGGCGGUGAUGACCUCGAUUCCAACUACGUCCUGAGCAGCAGGGUCCGAACCGGCCGCAGCAUCAAGGGCAUUGCUCUGCCGCCUCACUGCAGCCGUGGGGAGCGACGCCUCAUUGAGAAACUCUCCGUAGAAGCUCUUAACAGCCUGAUCGGUGAGUUCAAGGGUAAAUAUUACCCGCUAGCCAGUAUGUCUGACGCAGAGCAGCAACAGCUGAUCGAUGACCACUUCCUGUUUGACAAGCCAGUCUCCCCACUGCUCCUGGCCUCUGGAAUGGCCCGUGAUUGGCCUGAUGCAAGAGGAAUUUGGCAUAAUGAUGAUAAAACCUUCUUGGUUUGGGUCAAUGAGGAAGACCACCUCCGUGUCAUCUCCAUGCAGAAAGGUGGCAACAUGAAGGAGGUGUUCAGGCGUUUCUGCGUGGGUCUGAAAAAGAUUGAAGACAUCUUUGUCAAGGCUGGGCGCGGUUUCAUGUGGAAUGAGCAUCUUGGCUAUGUCCUCACUUGCCCAUCUAACCUGGGCACUGGCCUACGGGGCGGUGUCCACGUUAAAAUUCCUCACCUGUGCAAGCAUGAGAAAUUCGGCGAGAUCCUUAAGAGGACAAGGCUUCAGAAGCGUGGCACAGGUGGUGUGGACACUGAAGCAGUUGGCAGUGUCUAUGACAUUUCCAAUGCUGAUCGCCUGGGCUUCUCUGAGGUCGAGCAGGUCCAGAUGGUGGUUGAUGGCGUGAAGCUGAUGAUCGAGAUGGAGAAACGACUAGAGAAGGGGAAGAGCAUUGACGACCUGAUGCCAGCCCAGAAGUAAACAAGAAGAAGUGGUGGCAGUCCUGGGAGCUGCCUUGGAACAUCACAGGUCAUGAACUUUGAACUUUGGAGAGAGCUUCUUACACUCGUAGCUCCUAGGCCACAGGCUUGUCUCUAAGAUAAGGAUGACAUCAGUUAAGGAGGCAGAAGGUUGGCUUUAGUCAUGUGGAAGUGCUCCUAGACACCUCUUAACAUUGACAAUGCACCAAUAAACAUGGCCCCAGAA